CUCUUGUUUUGCAAAAAAGAGGGAUUUUCACUUCUCGGUUGGGACUUGGGAGUAACAAGGACAGCUUAAGAAGUCUGCAGUGUUUCCAGAAAGGGCAGUGAAAAACAAUGGAGACUACAAUAGGUUUUGAAAAUAUCAAACUUGUAUUACAGCAUGGAUUUGGAUUUAUAAUCUCAAAGGUUAUGUUUACUGCUGCUGAAUUGGGAGUAUUUGAUCUGCUAAGAGAGUCGGGAGAAGUCCUGACCUCAGCAGCUAUCGCUGAACGCCUGGGCACCAGCCAUGUGGGAAUGGAGAGGCUUCUGGAGACCUGUGUGGGUUUAAAACUCCUGAGAGUGGAGAAGAAGGAUGGUGAAGCUCUUUAUGGAAACACAGACGUUUCAAAUCUCUGCCUAGCAAAAUCAAGUCCCAGGUCUCAGUAUCCUAGCAUGAUGUACUCCUCUGAAGUCAGCUUUUCAAAUGUACUCUACAUGACAGAUGCUGUGAGGGAAGGAAAAAACCAAAUGGAGAAAAUAUAUGCCAGUCCAUCCAAUGAUAUAUUUGCUGGUUUUUAUAGAUCAAAACAGGAUAUGAAAAAGUUUUUGGACACCAUGAAUUCUGUUUGGGUUCUGAAUGGCAACGAAAUGAUGUCUGCAUUUGAUCUUUCUUGUUUCCCACUCAUUUGUGAUGUAGGAGGAGGUGGUUGUGCCUUGGCUAAGGAAUGUGUGUCAUUAUAUCCCAAUUCUACUGUGACCAUUUUUGACCUACCUAAAGUAAUAGAAACAGCAAAGAAGCAUUAUGUGUCAUCAGAAGAACACCGGAUUACAUUCCAUAAAGGGGAUUUUUUUAAAGACCCAGUUCCUGAAGCUGACCUGUAUGUUUUGUCAAGAAUCUUGCAUGACUGGAAUGAUGAGAAAUGUGUCUGUCUGCUAACCAGCCUAUACAAGUUCUGCAAACCUGGUGGUGGAGUGUUAAUAGUGGAAAUACUUCUCAACGAGGACAGAAGUGGACCCUUAGAAGCCCACCUUCAGUCCAUGAUGAUGCUGAUUCAUACUGAAGGAAAAGAACGGACCCCAUCUGAGUACAAUGCACUGCUCAGUGCAGCUGGCUUCAAGGAGAUUCAGUUCAAGAAAGGAAGUAUCUACAGUGCCAUUUUGGGAAGAAAAUAAACUUGUCCCUGCUGCAUUCAUGUUCAAUGCUUAGAGGAAUCUAGAACAAUAAAGCCUUUCAACGUCUUUACCUUCUAUU